GAAAAAAGAAGGGAAGAAAAAGGAAAGAAAAAGAAGUUCCCUCGAAAUGGCAAUGGCAAUUUACAAGAAUUUCUUGAAGAGAUUGAUCCCUUGAGGAACAAGAUUUUAUAUUCCAACACGUCUUCGUCUCACAAUGCUCAAAAACUUAGCCUUACCCUUUUCUUCUUCUUCUUCUUCUUCUUCAACUCUUCCUUCUCUGUUCCUUCCCAUUUCCUCCUUUCUCUCAAAACCCACUCCUAAUUUCUCCAAACCCUUCUUCCAAUCCAAUUUUUCAAUCAAACCCAUCUCUCCUUUCCCCAAAACCCACCGACCCAUUUCUUCAAAACCCCCUUCCAUGAAUCUCUUGAACAAGCUUGGUUUUGGCUCCAAACCCUCGCCGGAGUUGUCCGCCAUUGCUCAAGGUCCCGACGAUGACAUUCCCGCCCCUGGCCAGCAGUUUGCCCAAUUUGGGGCUGGUUGUUUUUGGGGCGUCGAAUUGGGGUUUCAGAGAGUGCCCGGUGUGACCAAAACGGAGGUCGGGUACACUCAAGGGCAUGUUCAUAAUCCUUCGUAUGAAGAUGUUUGUACGGGGCAGACCUAUCACUCUGAGGUUGUUCGGGUUCAGUAUGAUCCUAAAGAAUGCAGUUAUGAGUCUCUGCUUGAUGCUUUUUGGGCUCGACAUGAUCCCACUACUGUUAAUCGCCAGGGAAAUGAUGUGGGAACACAAUACAGAUCUGGCAUAUACUUCUACACUCCUGAACAAGAGAAAGCUGCUCGAGAAUCAAUGGAACGCCACCAGAAGACAUUGAACAGAAAGAUUGUGACUGAGAUUCUUCCUGCCAAGAAGUUCUACCGAGCGGAGGAAUAUCAUCAACAAUAUCUUGAGAAAGGAGGUCGAUUCGGCUUCAAGCAAUCUGCUGCUAAAGGCUGUAACGACCCAAUUCGCUGCUAUGGUUAGUUAAGUCAUUAGCUGGUAAUGUUGGUUUCAAGCUUCGACAUUAUAGUAUUCUAUAUGCAAUUAUGACUAGAUUAGACAAGCUCUAUCAGACAUACUUGUAAUAAGAAUUCGAAUGUGUGUAUCUAUCUGUAAUUGGUUUGGCUUUAUCAAUAAAUGAAUACAUAUUUGCAACUUACAA